CCAACUUGUUUUAUAAGGGCCAAGCCGAUCCAGUUCACCAGACAGACAUCACCGAGCUCAGGGAAUAUGGCGAAGCCGCUUGGACCGACGGGGGAGUUCUUCAGGAGGAGGGACGCGUGGAGGAAACACCCGAUGCUGUCGAAUCAGUUCCGCCAUGCCACUCCUGGCCUUGGCAUCGCCCUUGUCGCCUUCGGCGUCUACCUCGUCGGCGAAGCCGCCUACAACAAGAUCUAUGCUCCUCAUUCUCAUUCUCACUCCACCUCCUCCGCUUCUCAUUCCCACUGAGAACACUCAUCUCUCAAAAGAUGAACCAAUUAUCUGGUGUGGAUGGUGUUUAAUGUCCCUUACCUUGGAUUAUCUAUUCUUAUCAAUAAUAUAUACUCCUAUCAAACAUGGACUUGUCUUCAAUUAGGCCGAAACAUUUCACUAUAACUGAUUUGCGAUUAGGUGGUUUGUAUUGGUUACUUGUGUUGCAAAGUUUGAUGGUUAUUUGACGACAAACUUUAUUACCGUUUUCUUCCUUUUGUCACAAAGGAUAUUCCAUUCACUGAUACACAAUUUAGAGUGUUUGCGAUUGCUUGUGCUUUUCAAAAGUGAUUUUUUAAGAGAUUUUAGUAAAAGUGAUUUGUAGUAAAAGUAGGUAGUGUUUGGAAAUAAAAGUGAUUGUGAUUAAAAUGUAAAAGUUGAAGUGUUUGGUAGAAAAGUGAUUUUGGAUGUAAUAAAUUAUCAAAAUACAAAAAUACCCUUAUAACACAAAAUACCCUUAUCAAAAUACAAUAAUACACGAGUCCUAUUGAUGUAACUCUGUAACAGCAAAUAAAUACGGAGUAUUAUUAAUCAUACGAUAGUAUAUACAUACUCCAUAGAAGCCAAGGGAGGGGACUUCAAAAAAACGAAGCUAAGUGACGGACAUAAAAAAAAAAGCCAAGUGACAGACUUCAUAAAAAAAACGAAGCCAAGUGACGGACCAGCAGCCCGCAAGAUCAAGGUGCAGUGAGGAAGAGAGCAAGAAUGCAAGAUCGAGGUGAGGAAGAGAUGUUGAUAAAGAUUUUGUUCUAAUAUACAUAAUCAAAUUAUUACGUAUAAAAUGUUAUUGAAUUCCUAUCGAUGUGAAUUUUCAAAAUAUCAACUUUUUAUAAUGUUUACUAAUCUAUAAUUAAAUAAAAUUACCGUCAAAGUUGUGUGUUG